AUGCCACGCUUGACAAGCGCAACUCCGACCAAGGCAGGGGAUGGGCUUCAAGGCAGCGACUUCAGUAUAGACAGUUCCUACUUUGAAGAUUUGUACAGUCCUACGAUGCUUGCGAAUCUCCUACUGAUAACGCCUGUCUUCUACAGCUUGAUGAUGUUUCGGACCAGCAAGGCCAUCUUUGGUUCUCUGUCGAAGCGCGUCACAGUUGACCUCAUUAUGCACUACGACAUGCUGUGGCGUGUGGUCAUCGACAUGGUUGAUCAAGUUGAUAUGUUCUACUACGCGCGCCUAGCUGAAUGGGUGGGGAAGGAUGCGCUGGACAAACACCGGCAGUCACUGGUACUGAUCCAGACCGAGCGAUAUGAAUUCGCAGACGAUAACCUCGGUGCCUCACAGGCUGCUUUGCCCAGACAGGCUGUCACUUUCGCAUCGGACAUCCGCGGAUUCGCUGCUUCGGCUGACGCCUUCAGUGAAAGGCCGGACACAACAGAAUUCUAUGCUUGGGAUCUGGUUGCAGUUUGCUCUUGCCAGGCCAUCAUAAAUCUCAUUCAGCGACAAAACGUUAUCAUCGCUCGGAAGCGGUCUGCCAUUGCAUCGAUCUUUCUGAUCGAUGUCCCAUUCCUGACCAUACGGGUUUGGCUUUGGACAUUGCUGCAGCACACGUACUUCCCCGGCCUAGGGGUCAAGAAUGGACUUUGCAUCGUUCUAAGCGUCAUGCAGUACACCUUGGUUGCCCUGGCCAGCUGGGAUCCACUCGGGUUGCUUGAUUUGACCAAUGCCAUCGAAGUGGCCUCCAAGGAGGUUGGGCACGACUCGCCGGAUCCUGCAGCUCAUGACGAAGGAGAGGUCAUGUCACCAGCCCUGGAACCAGGGACUCCCGGUGAACAGGUUGCACAGGAUGGGCCAGAUCUGCAAGAGCAAGCCAAGAGCAAGCUCAUGAAGAGCCCAGCUUUCCCCCUGCAUAGCCCCUGUGCAAAGAUCAAGAGCCAGCAGCUGUGGGGUCUUGAGCCGUACGGAGAGUUGGUCUGCAACAUGACUGCAGGUCGGGAGAGUGUUUACAUUUGUGCCCUUACAUUGGCCUUCGUUCUGGGAUGGGUCUUCGCACAAGGCGAGACUGUCAUUGAGCUUUUCGUCAGGCGUGUGCAGGAGCUACCCAUGCAUGCACAAUGUGCACACAGCUUGAAGGAGUUGAUGGUUUCUGCGGCAUCGCCAGAAGGACUACAGCUUGUCAGUCCUGUUGCCAGAGACCCGCCCCCGGUGAACACCUUUGAAAUUCAAGCAUGUGGCAUGACCUCAGCCGAUGUCCUGACAGCCGAGGAGAUUGCGCAAGCCUUGUCACUGCAGAACGUAACGGCCUACCGCCUGGCUGCCAAGUUGCGCACUGAUGAGCCGCUCCUGGCACGGUUGCUCAGAGUUGUUGCUGCCUCACAAGAGCCUAUGUGCAGUUCGACCGCUGUCCAGACUGAUCCCCAAGGAAUAGGCGAGAGCAUAGACGAGAAGCUCAGGGCAUGCGCAGUGCCGGAUGAGCAGAAAGAUAGGCGAACCAUUGAAGAGCGAAUGCUCCAGUUCCGUGCCCGCUGUGAAGCCAUGGUGCGCAAAGAAGCCGAGGCAGAACUUGCGCGGGUCCGCAUGUUGGAAAGAGAGCAGAUCGCGCUUGAGGAAGCGGCCAAGAGUCGAGCCGAGGUGCAGGAGGCAGUUGCUAAGGCAAAGCGUGAGCUGUCCGACAAGGAGGAACGCCUGCGCCAGCGCGAGCGCUUGGCGAACGAACGGACUCGUGCCAAGGAGUUAGAUCUUGAGAAGAAGGCCGUAGAGUGGAGGGCAACAGCCCAGCAAGUCAUCGACGAGGAGCAGAUGCGACAGUCCACCAGGUCGAAGCACCUGGAUGUUGAAGAUAAACGUCUUCAAAUGCUCAAGGAAGGGCUGGAUCGCCGAGAGCAAGAAGUGAGACUUGCCGAGGCCAAUCAGUGGCUUGGCUUCUGCAGCCAGGAAAGAAAUUCUGCAUCCGUGGCCGAGCUGGCCCGACGUGCAGAGGAGGCGAAGAUUGCAAGCCGAGUAGCGGUGCAGGCCUCAGAUUGGAGCCAGCGCAUGCCAGCUCGCGAAGGGGAGAGGAUCCAGAUGGCAGGUGCUCGAGAACACCAAGAAGCCUUGAAGGACAGGCUAGUCGCCGAAACCACAGAGGCUGAAAGAAGCGCCAACCAGGCCAGAAAGGAUGCAAGGGCUGCGGAAGAGUGUCUCUCUGCGAAAGCUCGGGAGCUUGAAGAUGCUCGAGAGCAGAUCCAGCUGCUCAAGGUUGCUGGGCAACAGGUCGUGGCCUUCCAGCAAGAGCUCGAAUCUCUUAGAGCAGAGAAGAUGGCUCUGCAACACAAGUUCAACAAUGAAGUGCAGGCACACACGAAUGCCGAAGCAGAAGUGGGCCAGCUCCAGAAGGACAGAUCCCGUCUCAGCGCAGAGGUGGAGAAGCUGGAGGAAAAGCUGGUUGCAGCUGAGGGUGCCCCAUCUUCGCUGGUACGGCAGCUGCAGGAAGCACGCUCGAGGCUGUCCACAGAGGCUUCCGAGAGCGAGAAGUUGCGGCAGCAGCUCCAGGUGGCCGAGCAAAGGGCUGCGCCACAGAAAGCGUGGGUAAGCGCCCUCCAGAGCCUGGAGCAAGAGCCUGGCCUCCGGAGAUGUGUUUUCAUGUGCUCUUGA